CGAGGGGUCUAGAGAUUGUGAGACCAUCGCGAGCCUGCCGAUAUAAGGAUAGCCCUUGUACGCCUUCGAUGCGUGCGAUUCCAUUCCAGACGAGUUCACUUUCGUCCCUUCGAUUGGCCGUUGCGCCUACUCUUCUCUUUCUAAGGUCGUACCCAUAUCACCCUUCUCUUUUCAACCGGCCUCCGCCCACACUUUCAACAUGUCGGUGAACGACUACGAGAAGCAGCAGCAGUAUGCUAUAGGCGCAGACUCGCCAUCAGACCAUGGCGUCAAGGAUGUCGACCACAAAGCCAACCACAUCAGCGAGGCUGCUGAUCUCUACGGCGAUGUCCAAACUGCUGAGAACUUUGGAUACGUCCAGCGAGGCCUCAAGUCUCGACAUAUCCAGUUUAUUGCACUCGGCGGAACUAUAGGCACUGGUUUGUUCCUCGGCAUCAGGGACGCUUUUGCCAAUGCCGGCCCUGUGUCUGUUCUCCUCGGUUAUACGAUUACUGGCUGCGCUGUCUUCGCCAUGAUGCAGUGUCUGGGCGAAAUGGCGACUUGGCUUCCUCUCCCUGGUGCUAUUCCUCAAUACUGUGCGCGCUAUGCGGACCCUGCUCUUGGAUUCGCGGUCGGCUACAAUAAUUGGUACCAAUGCGCGAUUACUCUCUGUGCUGAGAUUUCUGCUGCCGCCGUUGUCGUGUCCUUCUGGGAUCAGGAGGAAAAGUACUCCCCUGCAAUCUGGAUAACCCUGAUUAUUGUCAUCAUCGUCGGCCUGAAUAUCUUCGCUGUCUCAAUUUACGGAGAAGCAGAAUUCAUAUUUGCUUCAAUCAAGAUCAUCACAAUAAUUGGUCUGUUGAUUACUGGUCUUGUUAUCAUGCUCGGGGGCGCCCCGGAUAAGGAUCGUCGUGGAUUUCGCUACUGGAAAGAAGGCGCCAUGAAGGAGUAUGUUGGGACUGGUGCUACUGGACGCUUCACGGGCCUUUGGAGUACACUUGUCAAUGCUUCAUUUUCUUAUGGUGGUGUUGAGAUGGUUGCCGUUGCUGCUGGUGAAGCUGCCAACCCUCGCAAGAACAUUCCCAAGGCUGUUCGUCGGGUUUUCUGGCGUAUUUUAGCGUUUUACGUUCUAGGUUCCUUCAUCAUCGGAGUAACCGUCAGUUCCAACGACCCUCAGCUCAGCGACAGUUCCGCAAAGGGUGCUCAGGGCUCGCCCUGGGUCAUUGCGAUGAAGAAUGCAGGUAUACCUGUCCUGCCACACAUCAUCAACGCUGUCAUUUUGACUUCGGCUACCUCGUCCGGCAAUGCGUUCCUGUAUACUGGUUCCCGUUACCUCUUUGGUGUCGCCCAGAACGGUCAGGCCCCCAAAUUCCUCCUUACGUGCACGAAGAGCGGUGUCCCAUACUACUGCGUCGCCAUCACCGCUUCCAUAGCGUUGAUCACAUACAUGAGCGUCUCCACCGGCGCAAAUACGGUCUUCCUGUGGUUCCAGAACCUCACGACCAUUGCCCAGCUCUUCACAUGGUGCAGUAUUUGUGUCACAUACACGCGUUUCCGCAAGGCUCUCAUUGCUCAGGGCGUCGACCGCAACACUUUGGUGUUCAAGAGCGUGUUUCAACCCUACACCGCGUGGAUUGCCUUCACGUACUUCGCUCUUAUUCUCGUCUUCAACGGGUUUAAGGUCUUCACACAAUCGCCUUGGGGUCCUGAUCAGCUGACCAGCUUCUUCACGGCCUAUGUCGGUGUUCUGAUUUUCGUCCUGUUGUAUGCCUUCUGGAAGAUUUUCAAGCGCACGAAGUUCGUCAUCCCAGCGGAGGCAGACAUUUGGACAGGCAAGGCUGCUCUUGAUGCGGAGGUUUGGCCUGAGCAGAUUCCGCGCAACUUCCUCGAGAAGUUCUGGUUUUGGUUGUGCUAAGCGACCUUAUUUGGCGUUAGCGAGAAGGCGUCCCCGGGACAUGGCUCG